AUGUCGGAUGCUACAGCUCUUCCAUCCGGUAUCACUGGUACCGGAACAGGAGGUGACUCCAUGACUGUUGAUCUUAAUCAACAGUUCGAUGCUGCCAACAUGGCUUGGAUUGGUACUGCAGCUGCCCUUGUGUGGAUUAUGAUUCCAGGGGUUGGUUUACUUUAUUCUGGUCUUUCCAGAAAGAAGCAUGCUCUUUCCUUAAUUUGGGCUGCUAUUAUGGCUGCCUGUUUAACCACUUUCCAAUGGUUCUUCUGGGGAUAUUCCCUUGUUUUCACUCAUACUUCAUCUUCUCCUUUCCUUGGUAACUUGGAUAACUUUGCCUUGAUGAAAGUUUUAGGUGCUCCAGCAAUUGUCACUUCAGUUCCAGAUAUUCUUUUCUGCUUCUACCAAGGUAUGUUCGCUGCCACUACUGCCAUUUUGAUGGUUGGUGCUGGUUGUGAAAGAGCAAGAUUAGGUCCUAUGAUGGUCUUUUUAUUCUGUUGGUUAACUGUCGUCUACUGCCCAAUUGCCUACUGGACUUGGGGUGGUAAUGGUUGGUUAUUCAAGUUGGGUGCCUUGGAUUUCGCUGGUGGUGGUCCAGUUCAUGAAAACUCUGGUUUUGCUGCUUUGGCUUAUUCUCUUAUCUUGGGUAAGAGACAUGAUCCAUUGACUCAAGGUAAAGUUCCAAAGUACAAGCCUCACUCCGUGUCUUCUGUUGUCUUGGGAACUGUUUUCCUUUGGUUCGGUUGGUUCGGUUUCAACGGUGGUUCCACUGGUAACGCUUCUAUCAGAUCUUGGUACGCCUGUGUGAACACCAAUUUAGCUGCUGCCUGUGGUGGUUUGACUUGGAUGUUUGUUGAUUGGUUUAGAACUGGUGGUAAGUGGUCCACUGUUGGUUUAUGUACCGGUGCCAUUGCUGGUUUAGUCGGUAUUACACCUGCUGCUGGGUUUGUUCCAGUUUACACUUCAGUCGUUUUCGGGAUUGUUCCAGCUAUCGUUUGUAACUUUGCCGUUGAUUUAAAGACCAUUCUUGGAAUUGAUGAUGGUAUGGAUGUCUUUGCCCUUCAUGGUGUUGGUGGUAUCUGUGGUUCCAUCUUGACUGGUUUGUUUGCUGCUGACUACAUAGCAGCAACUGACGGUAGUGUUGCUGGUGACCCAUCUCUUGCCAUUGCUGGUGGUUGGAUGAACCAUCACUACAAGCAAUUGGGUUACCAAUUGGCUGGUUCAUGUUCUGUUGGUCUCUGGAGUUUCUGUAUCACUGCCAUUCUUUUGUUUAUCACCGACAAGAUUCCAAAGUUGAGACUUAGAUUACAUGAAGAUGAAGAAUUAUUAGGUACUGAUUUGGCUCAAAUCGGUGAAUACGCUUACACCAACGAAGAUGAUGAAGAACACCAACCAUACGUUCUUGAACCAAUCAGAUCCACUGACGCUCGUUUGGCCAAGCUCAAGAGCGCCACUACUGCAGAAGCUCCUAUUGAAGGUACUACGGCUGAAGGUGAAGUUGUCAGUCCAGAUGGAACUGCCAGCGAAAAUUCUAAAAGAAACUACUAA